GGAGACCAGAUAUAGUGAAUGCAGGGUCCAGGAGACCAGAUAUAGUGAAUGCAGGGUCCGGGGAGAGCAGAUAUAGUGAAUGCAGGGUCCGGGGAGAGCGGAUAUAGUGAAUGCAGGGUCCGGGAGACCAGAUAUAGUGAAUGCAGGGACCGGGGAGACGGGAUAUAGUGAAUGCAGGGUCCGGGGAGAGCGGAUAUAGUGAAUGCAGGGUCCGGGAGACCAGAUAUAGUGAAUGCAGGGUCCGGGGAGACCAGAUAUAGUGAAUGCAGGGUCCGGGGAGACCGGAUAUAGUGAAUGCAGGGUCUGGGGAGACCGGAUAUAGUGAAUGCAGGGGUCCGGGGAGAGCGGAUAUAGUGAAUGCAGGGUCCGGGGAGACCGGAUAUAGUGAAUGCAGGGUCCGGGGAGAGCGGGAUAUAGUGAAUGCAGGGUCCGGGGAGAGCGGAUAUAGUGAAUGCAGGGUCCGGGGAGAGCGGAUAUAGUGAAUGCAGGGUCCGGGGAGA